AUGGCUUUCAAAAGCAACGAAACGCGCGCCGCGAUGAGAAAGCAAUGUCGAGAGGCGCUAUCUGCACAUAUCCAUAAUCGACUUGGCCUUGAUGUUGCACCCAGCGAAGUUCGCCACCAGCCACCAGUCGAGGACGGAUACGCCUGGUCAGUGACGGAAUUCAAGAAAUCAUUAUUGCAGUCGAGCCUAAGCAAUGGGACCGUCGGUCUAUUUCGAGCUAUAUGUGAAGAAUUGGGCCGGUCGCUCGAAGCAGUUACACCGCAGACCUUGCACGAUUCUGACUCGGGGCGGGACGAUGAUCCAGGGGAAGAUGAAGAUGUAAGCGCGCAUGAGGAAGAAGACGGGUCAUUUACAGCAAAAAUCCGCCAACUGGAAGGCGCGAACCGCGAGCUGGGGGUUGAGCUCGAUCGUACUCGGGCCCGGCUAGACGACGCGCACAGCAAAAGCGAUCGGUUUCAGAAAAAGUCUCGUCGGCUUCGGACUGAGCUUGAAGCCAGCUCACUCCGAACCAGUCGGCUAGAGACUGAAUUGACGCGUGUCAGAGAGGGAGUCACCGAGGCGAUGAAGGCUUUACAAAGCCAUGGGAACCAGAACAGUAGCUCGCCGGCGGGAGAACGCGAUCGGAAUUGA